AUGGAGCUUGGCGAGCUGGAGGGCUCUGUCUGGGAUGGAUUCUCUCGUGUGAAGGAAGAGCACAUCGAUCUUUUGGAGGUGAAAGAAGAAGUGCGUAGUUCUCAGCGCGUCUUUGAGAAAGGAGAGGCGGAGGCUGCUUUGGAAAACCCAAAUCCCACCUUUGCGGGAGACCAGCUGCCGCGCAGCAGUCCGGAGGGGAACCCGAGGUCGGAUCUCCGCGAUCGGCCUCCAAGCAGAGGUCUCAGAAUCACUCGACUCCGGGAAAAAAGUAGCAGCCGGGCGUCCAGCGCAAGUAAAACGCUGAAACCGAAAGACAAGGCAGGUAGCUUGACUGUACUUGAAGGCACUGCCAGGAAGACGAUGAAGGAGGAAGGCCAGAGGAGUGCAAGCAGCUACCCCUGUCAGAACUGUAACAGCGUGUUUCCUACCAGCACUGGCCUGCAGGACCACCAGAAGGAGGUGCACAGCCCUCCGCGGCCCUACGCUUGUCACGUGUGCGGCAGGUGCUUCCGCUAUUCCUGCGUCCUGACCAAUCACAUGCGCACCCACUCCGGGGAACGUCCCUUCGCCUGCCAGUCGUGCCCCAAGCGCUUCACCCAGAUGGCCAGUUUCCGCAUGCACCAGCGCAUCCACAGUGGCGAGAAGCCUUUCCGCUGCAAAGUGUGCAGCCGCAGCUUCAAGCGCCGCUGCGACAUGCUCAGGCACGCCAGCACACACACCGAGGAGAAACUGCACAGCUGUACCGAGUGCGGGAAGCGGUUUCGACGCGCUGUCCACUUGCGCUCUCAUGCUCUCAUCCACUCUGGAGAGCUGCCCUUUCCCUGCCCAGAAUGCGGAAGAAAGUUCCGGCACACGACCAACCUGGCCAUACACCGACGCAUCCACUCCGGGGAGACGCCCUACUGCUGCAAAGUGUGCAGAAAGGGCUUUCGGCAGAGCGGGCAUCUCAAACUGCACGAGCGCGUGCACACGGGGGAGCGGCCCUACCCCUGCCCGGACUGCGGCAAGGCCUUCGGCCGUCUGGUCUACCUGCAGGACCAUCGGCGCGUUCACACGCGCGAAAAGCCCUACUACUGCGAGGACUGCGGGCGCUGCUUCAGUCGCCCAGGCAACCUUCAGACCCACCGUCUUGUGCAUUCGGCGGAGAAGCGCUACAAGUGCGCCGCGUGCGGCAAGAGCUUCCGCCACUACACGGGCCUCAAGGCUCACAGACUCGUGCACACGGAUUCCAGACCUUACAGCUGCAAGGACUGCAAGAAGACGUUCCGGGGCCUCGGCGGGCUGCGCAUCCACGAGCGCAGCCAUACCGGUGCCCGCCCGUACGUCUGCGCCGUCUGCGGCAAGGCUUUCAAGGAGCUCAACGUGCUGAAGAACCACGGACGGCUUCACUCGGGGGAAAAGCCCUACGGGUGUGAGAAAUGCGGGAAGAGUUUCCGCCAGCUGGGGGCGUACCGCACUCACCAGCGUCGGCACACCGGCGAGAAACCCUACUCCUGUAGCCAGUGCCCCAAGACGUUCCGCCACAACAGCAGCCUGAAGGCGCACGUCAAAAUCCACACGGGGGAGGCCCCCUUCCCUUGCCCGCAGUGCGGGCGGCUCUACAUGCACAUGAGGAGCCUUCAGCUGCACAGCCGCACUCACGGCGACGGCGACGGCGGCUUGAAGGAGCCUCCGCGGAACAGAAGGACGGCGCGUGGCGGAGCGGAGGAUAAGAACAAAUGAACGAAACAAAGGCCGUGUGACGCGGUGCCGGAGGCGAGUUCGCUAAGGGCACCCGCACCAUCGCCAUCACCGUCGAUGGGCUUCUUUACAGGUUCCUUUCCAAGAGUUUGUUUCUUUGCACAGUUCCUGUGAUCCUACGUGGAGAGAUGCUUCCAAAGCAUGAAAAGAUACUUUCGCAAAUAAUAUGUGAUACUGAACCGCACCCGUGUAAAGCGGUUGAACAGAAACAUUGAUGCCUGACCAGUGUCGUGUUAACGAAACAGCCGAUGAACAGUGAAAUCUUGAUAUGAUCCAUCUGUCGCCAUUAAUCGUGUUUCAUAAUUCUUGGUGGCGGGGGUUCGGAACCUGUGCUUGAAACGGAGGGUGCAAGGCAGGGUACACCCAGCGCAGGACUCCAGUCUAUCAGCGGCUAACUGAAGCGCACCCGUUCGUAGUCUACAGGCAAUUUAAAGUGAUCGGUUCUCCUGAGAGGAAAUGUUUCUGGAGUGUGGGAGGAAACCAGAGCACCCAAAGGAAAUCCACAUGAGCCCAGGCACGGGGAAAACACGCAAACUUCACACAGACUGAGCCAGAUCGAAACCCGCAUCCAAACCCUCCGUGAGGCACGAGCACGACCAGCUUCAGCACCAUUGCGCCCUCAGGGUAGAAGCACG